ACGGAAACUAUGCUACACGGAAGUAGCAUAACGGGGAAAACUAGCAUCCCGAGCAUACCAUUACUCUGUGAACUGGAUAGUUGUUUGAAUUUAAUUAAUUGUAAUCUUUAGUAAAUGCGGUAAAAAUCAGUGUUAUGUGUUAGCGUCACUGAUAACUAGCGUCAAGUAACUACAAAGCUAACGUUAGCCUAGCUCCACCGUUAGCUUGACCAUUGCUGCUGUUUUGUUGACGCCUAGCUGCAGAGAAGAAUCUGAAGCUGCCAGUCCUUGGAGGGACUGAGUGAUUAUGGCCGACCCUGCACGGAUCAAGCCUGAGGUUUCACCUGACAAAGCAACUUCUGCUAAGGAGGAGCAACAUAAAUCAGAGGACGCUGAAGAUGUAACGUUACAUGACACAGCAAAACCUGCAGAUGAAAACAAAGAGUCAUCCUCGCAAGAUCAGCCCAAGCAGGAGGUGAAAUCUGACAUGGCAGCUGGGGACGAUGAAGAGGAAGGAACCUCUGGCCAGCCGGCUUCCAAAAGACUGAAGGUGGAACCAGAAAAGAAAAAGGAGAAGCGCCAAAAAGUUGAUGAGGAUGAAAUACAAAAGAUGCAAGUUUUGGUGUCAUCAUUUUCUGAAGAGCAGCUCAAUCGCUAUGAGAUGUACAGACGUUCGGCCUUCCCAAAGGCAGCAAUUAAGAGGCUUAUCCAAUCCAUAACCGGAUCAUCAGUGUCCCAGAAUGUGGUGAUUGCCAUGUCUGGUAUUUCUAAGGUUUUUGCCGGGGAAAUCGUUGAAGAGGCAUUGGACGUUUGUGAGAAGUGGGGAGAUACGCCACCGCUUCAGCCCAAGCAUAUGAGGGAGGCUGUGAGGAGAUUAAAGAGCAGAGAUCAGAUUCCAAACACCAAGUUCAAGCAAAUUCUCUUUCACUGAGGACCUUGUGCUUUAGAUUGUAUGGGGAGCAUACCUGUGAUAAAAGUGGGUCAGUAGCUUCUGGGAAACUUCAUGAUGCUUCUGUAGCAACACUGCAGCCUACUAGACACUGAUUAGUCUCGACUAACUAACGAAGACUGGUCAAUACAAACACGAUUAAAAGGGUCUAUCACAUCAAGGCACCUGUCAAAUAAACUUCACUCUGACUUGCCAUUCAAUUUACUGUAAAGGCAAACACAUUGAUGUAACAUACUGUGCAAAUGGUGUGAAAUUAUAUUCAUGCAUUAUAGUUGUAAAUACAGUGUUUCUAUAUUAUUGUUUUGUUCUUGUGCCUCAAUUAUUUUAAACAACUUGUGAGCUUUGGAAAAGGACUGUUUUGUUUUUUUUGUUGGUAAAAUGCUGCGAUGCCUUCAAGCUCUAAAAGUUAAAUUACAAAAGUGUUUGUUUUAACCAUACAUGCACACAUUGUUUUUCAUUUUGAUUUCUGAUUGACAUUUCAAAAAAUGUUUUAAUCCUUUUUUCAAAUUAAAAAACUAAGGAGUA